UAAACUGGGCUGGGUUGAGGGGAGUGGCUGUCUCCGGCGGAUCAGCUGAGCGCUCGGGCGAGCCGACUCCGGAACCCGGAGAGUUAGCUCCCGUCUUCGUCCACCCUCACCCCAUAUACCCCGGGACGCGCCGAGAGGCCAAAUCUUUGGGGGUGUUGUUGCUUAGUGGUCCCUGAACUCUAUGACUUUAGUGGGGUUAUAAUACACCAUGGCGUAUAAUGCAAACACUGCUGGGGAUGCUAACCAGUUGGCCCAACAUAUAACGUCUAAUAUACAGAAAAUCACACAAUGCACUGCAGAAAUACAAAGAGUACUGAAUCAACUUGGAACCCCACAAGACACACACGAACUGCGGCAAGAGCUGCAACAAAAGCAGCAAUAUACAAACCAACUUGCCAAAGAGACAGACAAAUACAUAAAAGAAUUUGGAUCUCUGCCUUCAAUAAGUGAGCAGCGACAGAGAAGAAUUCAAAAGGAUCGACUAGUGAAUGAGUUCACCACAGCGCUUACAAAUUUCCAGCGGGUCCAAAGACAAGCUGCUCAGAAGGAGAGAGAAUUUGUGGCCAGAGUUCGGGCCAGUUCUAGGGUAUCAGGUGGUGCCACAGAAGAAAGUUACAGAGAAGGAACCCUUGUAUCUUGGGAUAGCCAACCUCAGACCCAAGUACUAGAUGAAGAAAUCACAGAAGAUGACCUUCGGCUCAUUGAAGAAAGAGAAUCGGCCAUCAGGCAGCUGGAGUCAGACAUUCUUGACAUAAAUGAAAUAUUUAAAGAUCUGGGAAUGAUGAUUCAUGAACAAGGAGAUGUAAUAGAUAGCAUAGAAGCUAAUGUAGAAACAGCCGAAGUCCACGUUCAGCAAGCAAAUCAGCAAUUGUCAAGAGCAUCCGACUACCAGCGCAAGUCCCGGAAGAAAAUAUGCAUCAUCAUCCUUAUACUUGCAAUAGGAUUAAUUGUCCUUGGUCUAAUUAUAUGGGGAACAGUGAAGUCAUAGGAUCAAUUACGCAAGAGGCUUCUGGUCAUGUCCCAUGUUGAAAGUUGUUCAGUAAAUGAUACGUCAAACUUGAUAAUUUCUGCUUUAUCACAAGGUGCAUUUUUAAUCCAAGAGUGCUUUUUCUUAGCUUCUGUACUAGGAUUAAUUUGAAGUUAUCACUUAUAUCUAAUUCACCAAUAUUUAACCCUGGGGUGGGCAAGUUUUUGUAUAGUACCUCUCCUUUGCAUUUCUUCUCCUCUGGACCAAACUACUUGGAAUUCUGCAUACAAGGAGAAUUUUAGCUUAUUGGACCAAGUGGGCUAACCUUUUACACAUGGAUCAAAGGCUAGAUAGAGGGUUGUGCAUGCGGGCUGUCAGUUGUCAAACACCAAUUUAAAAUAUCAAUUUAACUCCAACUUUAUAGGAACAUUUUUUUUAACAAAGUAUGUCCCAUCUUUGAGAUAUCAUGUAUUGUUCAUUGUCUCAUUCCAUUAAUCAGAGAAUGGUCUGCCCAUUUAGCUCACUCCGUGCCAAGCUUAAUUCUAGUAGGUUCUUGGAGAAUGCUUAUUGUCAUUUUCAAAAAUGUGUUUCUGCUGUUUUUCUUUUGCUUAAAAACUUUGCCUUUGUAUUGCCACAUUUUUGGUGUAUAAACCUGAUACUGGAUAUCUGCAAACCUGACCAAUUCUCAUUGAACAAGAAAACUUGGGCAGUGUAGUUUUGUGUGUAUAACUUUACAGUUGGGACUUUGGGACACAUUUAAAACAAGUUGUUUGCACCUUAAUUUAUACACUCCUUAGGUGAUUGAAGAUUAAAGUCUAUGGGCAAAGUUAAUGUGAAUAGCUGCUUAACUGCAAAUUUACUGCAAAUGCCCAUAGUUUGCAAUUCUCUCUUUGGAGAAGUAUUGUUAGUUAUGUUGUGGAACACAACUGAAUGAGGCAGUGGGAGCUCUGUGAGUGGAUUUGAGUCAUGGAUCUGUAAUCCUACAUAUAUUUGUGACCCACAGGGUCCCCAAGGAGUGGAUGAAACUUUUAAACUGGGAGUAAAACACAGUCAGGUCAUCUGGCUCCCUAUUUGCAUGACCUCAGAAUAAAGGGGGAGAUCUUGCGUAGAGCAAUCAAUAACAGUUUGAAUUAUAUUUGAACUACUUCAAUCAACUGCCACAAUGAACAGCAGAUCUUAUAUCCAAUUUUUAAUAAAGCAAUUAAUCCUCUUUUCCUCAUCAAACCUUUUGAUUUAUGAAGAAUUGCAUACCAUUUAAUUGUCUCAAGAUUAAAGGUUUUUAAAACUGCUUUUUUGGGUGCCAUUUUGAGAUAACUUCCAUUUAAAAAUUUGUUAUUUGCCAGCUAAUCAAUUCUUUGCUUUUUAAAAAAUGUAUUAAAUUGUACUGUAUAAAUUAAACUUAUUAAAUUACUGUAUAAAUGUUACAUUUUUUUGUACAGCAGUUUGAUAGAGAAGCAGCAUUUAUAGUGUGAACUCUUGAGACUUAAGAUUUUUGGGGAGGGAAGGGGUCUGAAAUAAAGUCAAACCUGGAUUAUACCAUCUAAAUAAAGAUACCUUAAAAAG